AUGAGACCAGAAGAUGAUGCCGUCAGUCCCCGCAAGAGAAGGAGGAUCACUCCUCCCCAAGCGGCUCCGUACAUCCUCCGAGAGCUGCUCGCCGACUUGCCCUUAGCCAACGAAGAUCCCAAUGCGGACGUUUAUAUUACCUAUGUGGAAUACUGGAAUGACAAUCUCUACAUCGGUACCUCCGCCGCAGAAGUUCUACAUUUCGUCUGUCUCCCACCGGAUCCCUCUGAUAAGUCGAGCGAAUCAUCCUUUAUCCUCGCGUCGCGAUUGCCGAUCUUUCACUCCCAGAAUUCUGCCCCUUCUACCGGCCAAGGUGUUCAGCAGAUAAUCCUACUUCCGUCGGUCAACAAAGCCUGUAUACUCUGCAAUGGCACGCUCACAUUUUAUCUGUUACCGGAGCUCAGCCCGGCAUUCGGAAAUACAAAAGUCAACAACUGUCGCUGGAUUGGUGGUAUUGACCUGAAUAGGGCGCCAGAUGACGUCGAACCACCUGCGAUUAUGGUUGCGCUCCAGAACCGGAUCAUGCUGGUCAAAAUUGGUGAUGAUGCUCGGCGUAUGAGGAACAUCGAAUUCCCGGGAUGCUUGGUAGCAGCUCGAAGGGGGUCAAUUGCAUGCGCCGCAGAUACUCAUGCUUAUUCGUUGCUUGAAGUGGAACAUCAACAAAAGAUACCCCUGUUCCCCAUAUCAUCGUCAAACGAGAUCUUCGAGUCUGGCCAUGUAGAAGAGAUGCCAACGGCACUACCUGUUCCUUCGAAGACUCCGUCAUCGCCUAACCCCAAUUCUCCUCCUGUGGAAGGCCAGCAUGGUCAGAGUUUGGGCUCUCCGUCGAUUUUACAGGAUAGAUCAAGCUCCGUUACGCCAGAGCCAUCUCCGGCUUCUGAGACACCGCGGCGGUCAAACUCGCAGGAUCGAGAUGGAAAUUCGGAAGAUGCACCACAAGAUCCACAGUCGAACAUUGCCGAUAAGAAGCCACUGCCACCUUUGCCAAAACCACUACCGACGCGCCUGAAACCGCAUGUGGUGUCCGCGAGUGCCAACGAAUUCCUACUGGUCACGGGAACCGCAGAGAAGGAGCCUGGUGUUGGAAUGUUUGUCAAUAUGGACGGUGAUAUGGAGCGUAGCACAAUCAACUUUGACAGAUACCCUGAAUCGGUUGCCAUUGACGCAAGGGAUAAAGAUGACCCUAUCCAGUCUGUUGGAGAUGGCAAAGAAGAACGCAUUAUUGCUGUCUUAGAAUAUGGCGAAGAUGGGCAAUUAUGCAAACAUUUGGAAGUGCAACGGUUGGACAUCGACCCCAGCGAAGCCGAGAAACAAAAGAGAUGGGUAGAGAUACCCUUGGACCAAGACUCGAAAUCCGUCCAGGUUGGCCUUCGCCAUACAAUCAGUUCUAGCCAGCUUGAACUCUCUGAGAUGGGAGGCUUGCUGCGCAUGGUGCGCCUUAAAACGCCGUCACUGUUGCCCCAUAUUCCUGCAACAGACCCAAGAACCCAAGCAUCCAUAGAGCAAUUGCAAAAGGAGAAAGAGUUAUUUGAGUCUCAAGAGUUAACAGACCCCGAAGGGUCAAAGAAAGGUGAUGGCUCAUCAGAGCGCGACUGGGAAGCCGAGCGCAAUGCAGAAGAGGCCCGGUUUGCCCGUGGACUCGGCAGGGGCGAAAGUAGCCUUGUUAUGUGGGCUGGGAGCCGCAUCUGGCGGAUAAUGAGGAACCCGUUGACCGUCCAGCUGGAUGAUGUCCUGCAAAAGGCGCAGGCGGCCGAUGAUGAUAGUCGUCAAGUCAUGGACAGGGAUACUAUCAUGGACAUCAUUCAAUCGGCCCAAAAUAUCGAGCCUGCGUCCGAGGGCGACUUUCUUGGUCUAAGCUAUGUGAAACAAAAGGCGAGUCUGAUGCUAUUUGGGGAUCUUGUCUUCAUGGACCAGGAAAGCAGGAGUGACACUGUCAUUAAGGCAACAGAAAAAGCACUCGUGGAUGGAAAUUUAGAUCCUCGUAUGGCUUUGAUAUUGAUUCCAUUACUACGGAAGGAAGUUUUGCAGGGACCCCAGGGAAUAUGGAUCCAAGCAGGCCUGGCAGCGAUUGCAGACAAAUACAUACGGCAGUCUAAAGAGACCGAAGAUAACUCAACGACUGGUGCGGCUGAUAGCAGUGUGCUGGAGAUGGUUAAACGUUUUCUAUUAUCAUGGCAGCAGAAGAGGGGUUACGGCAGCAUCACGGAUGAGACAUAUGUCUUUGACAGCGUCGAUGCCGCACUUCUACAUCUGCUUUUGGAACAGGAUUCGGGUUUGACGGCAGAACAACGACCAUCGUCUCCCAUUCGCGCGGAACUUAAUCGAUUGGUGGACAAUUGGAAGGGUAACUUUGACCGUGCGGUGACCUUGUUAGAGACCUACCACCGGCUCUUCAUUUUGAGCCGCCUAUACCAGAGUCAGAAAAUGUCCCGAAAUGUGCUCAAGACGUGGCGUAGGAUCAUAGAAGGGGAGCAAGAUGUCGGGGGAGAAAUGACACCAUCUGGCGCUGAACUGCAAAUGCGCCGAUAUUUGGUCAAGAUCAAAGACGCACAAUUGGUGGAAGAGUACGGUUCUUGGCUGGCUGGACGUAACCCUAAGCUUGGUAUCCAGGUCUUCGCAGACGGCACGAGCAGAGUCAAACUGGAGCCUGCAGAUGUGGUUGGAAUGCUCAAAGAGCAGGCGCCGAAUGCAGUCCAGGCGUACUUGGAGCAUCUCGUUUUCUCCAAGAAAUACUCGCAAUACGCGGACGACCUUGUUUCGUACUAUUUGGAUACAGUGCUUUCUGUUCUUCAGUCUUCGCCUGAGGCUCGAGAAUCGCUUUCCGAGUCCUAUUCGACAUAUCGUGCACUACGUCCCCCUAAGCCAACGUACAUGAGCUUUAUCACGGCCAACAUACCAUCCGAGCCAUGGUGGCAAACGAGACUGCGGCUCCUGCAGCUUCUUGGUGGUGGAAGCAGCACCCAAUUCUCCUCUAUGUCACCCGCACCAUCCAGUCUUUCCUAUUCCAUUCCCGCCGUUCUUGCUCGUAUCGAGCCUUUCCAGGAUGAAUUAGUAUCGGAAAGUAUCAUCCUGGAUGGCCUCCAGGGACGUCACCGGGAAGCCCUCCGACUUCUAACGCACGGCCUAGGCGAUUAUGACUCAGCCGUUCGAUAUUGUCUUUUCGGAGGACCCCGUAGCACCAGUUCUACAGGGGCACUGACAGAAUUCGCGGAACGACCAUUACAAACCGAGCUAUUCCGCCAUCUCCUGGACGAGUUUCUGCGAAUUGAAGAUCCAACCGACUGCCUCGAACGGACGACUGAUCUGCUAUCCCGAUUCUCCUCCUGGUUCGAUGUGCGGGAGGUACUAGAACUCGUCCCUGAUGAUUGGAGCGUCGAGAUCAUGAGCGGGUUCCUGGGGCGUGUCUUCCGGGUCUUGGUGUCGCAGACGCGCGAGGUAAAGAUUGAACGAGCUCUCAGUGCAGGUUUGAAUUUGCGGGUCGGUACGGAGUACAUUGAAGGAAUGGAGAAGGCGGCAGGGUGGAUUGAAGAUGAUGAGGGAGUGCGAGGGAUACGUGAAGGAGGUCAAGGAAAUGAAAAGCAAGUGCCCGAGCAGGUGGAUGGAAGUGAUUUCGGGGAUAUGGUGGAUGGCGCGAAUGAUAACGACAAUGUUUUGGCUUGA